UUCACAUAGGCUAUCCAUGAGAGUGCAAACUUUUCAAUCACAGGCUCAGAGGCACCUGAGCUGCACUUGUACAUUACACCAAGAGAAAACGAAAAGGUGAGAAGAGUAAAUUAAUGUAUAGGGUGAAUGAGCUAAAAUGAUUUUGAAAUAAAACGUUUGUAUUGUGAUAUGGAUGCAAUUCAGCUGUGUCCUGGGCAGUCGCACCUGUUUCGUUUUACAGUUCAUCGCUACCAGACAAGCGCGUCACAUUUUGUUAACACCAUUGUAACAUUGAUUGCAGAUACAUUUUUUGUUUGUUUGUUUGUUUAUUUAAUUAUUGUAUAUUUGUGGGUAUGUGUCGAUUUUUACAGUAACGUGAAAGUAGAAAUGCAAUAUAGUAGAUACAAAAUUCGGAUGGAAACCUUCAAGCAAUAAAUCAUGGAGAUCCAGUUCAUUGUGUAGGUUAUAGGGUCACUUAAAUGUUUCUGCUGGUCAAUAGCUUUGCAUUCUUAGUCAGAGUAAUUAUGUUAUUUUCCAAGUGAAUAAAUUGAGUAUCAAUGAAGUCAUUGAGGAUGUUGCAUGAAUGGACUAAAGACGGUGAUUCUUAUUUUGUUGUGUUUAAGGAAAAGUGGUCAGCUUUAUGGAUUGAGAAAUAUUCCUCACUGAUAGGUCUUACGGAAUGUGGCGAUUUUCUUUUCCAUUGACAAUUAAAUAAAUAAAUCAUUAAUAUCUCCAUUAGUGAUUGAACAGGCUGUUUAGCAUUGGAAAAUAAUAGUUUCAAUGUCUUUGAGCCUUUUCAUUAUCUUUGAGUUGUCUUAAUCUUUUGUUGUUAUUUCUUUGUAGUUUAUGCAUUGUUAAACCCCAACCCUAUUAAGAAGAGAGCUAAACUAAUAUAAAUUGUCAAAUAGCCUCUCUUUUCCAGUCAAGUCUCUGACAUGGACAGCACAAGCUUUGUGAAGGAGUUUAUAAGCCUUUGGGUGCGUGAUCCUCGGGCACACAAGGAGGAUUUUUGGCACACGUACAUCGACUAUGAGAUCUGUCUUCAUACCAAUAGCAUGUGUUUCCAGAAGAAGACCUCUUGUGUUCGGAGGAGGUACAGUGAAUUUGUGUGGCUGCGCCAGAGACUGCAGUACAAUGCUCUGCUCAUAGAGUUGCCUAAACUUCCUCCCGGGAACCCAUUCUUCAAUUUCACUAGUGAGUUCCAGGUCAGUCAACGGAUGCAGGGGCUUCAGCAGUUUCUCCAGAAAGUUCUAGAGACGCCAUUACUGUUAUCAGACAGUCGGCUGCACCUGUUUUUGCAGUCACAGCUGAGCAUUGCAAAAAUGGAUGCGUGCGCACAGGGGCAGACGCAUUACACUGUCGCGCAGGCGAUACACCGAUGUCCCUGCGACGCACGUUUUCCCAUAGAGGAGCAGUGUCACGAAGAAGACAGCAAAACGUUCUGGGACUCUGACUGUGAUAGUACAACAUCGUCAGGUUUGGGCCAAAGUGUAGGACCUUCCACACCUGUUGAUGAGAGCCUUGCCCAUGAAUUUCAAACAACAAUCUCUGAGGCAGAACUCUUUAGCAGCCUGUCUACAUCACCCAGCAACCAGCAGCAUGUUCACUCUUGACAUACACUCUGACAAAGAGCCCCAAAUGCUGCUGACAGCCUCCAAAGUUGUAUUUGGAUGCAUGCUCAUGUAAGAUAGUCUUGGUUUUCUACUGUUUUAUAUUAUGUUCGUCAGCUUCCUGUUUUUUCAGUGCCUUGUUUAAAUUUCUGUGGUCGUCACAUUAAGUAUUCAUCGAUGACUAAAGAAAUUACUUAACCAAUGGUUCAGGUGUGAAAUGGGAUGGUUUACAGCAUCAUUCUUAAUGUGUUUCUUCAGUGAUACUGUAGUAUAGAUGAGGUUUUAUACAUGCCUGAUAAAGAAGCAUUUUAAACACAGUGUCAGCAUUUUUCUGUGUAGAUAUGCUUUUGUUUAAUAAGUUUUAGAAGACUAUUAGUAAGAUGGCAAUGCAUUAGUACUUUAAAUGUUUCUUAAAAUCAUAUUUUGUGUUUUUUUUAUUAGUAGUGCUAAAACUUUUGAAGUCUGAAAAUGUGUGAGGAUAAGAAUGUGUUUUUUAAAAAAGAAUAUUUUAUUGUAUAUGUAUUGAUAAAUGAAUA